GCACCGCGUCUACCAGGACGGGACGACGCAGCAACCCAGGGAAGCGCCUAUGACCGAGCUGGAAAGUCGGGAAGAAGAGAGGAGGCUCAGCACUCGACGGCCAAAGGCGCUCCGGGGAAGGAGGGAGGGAGGGAGGGCGCCGGCUGCUCCGGGACCGAGAGCGCAGACGAGAUGCCCUCGACCUCCUACGCAGGAGUACCGCUCCUUCAGCUUCUCUGAAUGGUGCUGCAGGUGGAGGACCGCAUCUGAACCCGCCAGGCCCCAGAACAAAACGAAUGCUUUCGGCAUAAUGACAGCUGAGGACACCGCAACAGCCACCGCCAUGAGUAACUCGAAUACCUCCAACUCCAAGGCCACCAGCUACGCUCACCACAACUCGGCCUCUGUCCCCGAGGGUGUGGCCGGAGCCCCCAACGAGGGUGCCUUGGUUGCCCUGAUGGAGCGCACAGGGUACAGCAUGGUCCAGGAGAAUGGCCAGAGGAAAUAUGGCCCCCCACCCGGGUGGGAGGGGCCAUCACCGCCUAGAGGCUGUGAGAUCUUCGUGGGAAAGAUCCCACGGGAUGUGUAUGAGGACGAGCUGGUGCCAGUGUUUGAGUCGGUGGGCCGGAUCUACGAGAUGCGCCUCAUGAUGGACUUUGACGGGAAGAACCGAGGCUAUGCUUUCGUCACAUAUACACAGAAGCAUGAAGCCAAGCGAGCUGUGCGUGAGCUCAAUAACUAUGAAGUGCGGCCGGGCCGCCUUCUGGGUGUAUGCAGCAGUGUGGACAACUGCCGCCUCUUCAUCGGAGGCAUCCCAAAGGCCAAGAAACGUGAGGAAAUCUUGGAGGAGGUCGCCAAGGUCACAGAAGGUGUGUUGGAUGUCAUCGUUUAUGCCAGCGCUGCAGACAAAAUGAAGAAUCGCGGCUUCGCCUUCGUGGAGUACGAGAGCCACAGGGCAGCCGCCAUGGCUCGUCGCAAACUGAUGCCCGGUCGCAUCCAGCUGUGGGGCCAUCAGAUUGCCGUGGACUGGGCUGAGCCGGAGAUCGAUGUUGACGAAGACAUCAUGGAGACGGUGAAGAUCCUGUACGUGCGUAACCUCAUGAUCGAAACAACAGAGGAGACUCUGCGUAAGAUCUUCAGCCAGUUCAACCCAGGCUGUGUGGAGCGCGUCAAGAAGAUCCGCGACUACGCCUUUGUGCACUUUGCAGGCCGCGAGGAUGCCGUCUUCGCCAUGGACAGCCUCAACGGCACUGAGAUCGAUGGCUCCUAUAUAGAGGUGACCUUGGCCAAGCCCGUGGACAAGGAGCAGUACACCCGCUACCAGAAGGCUGCCAAGGGUGCAACAUCCACUCCGGAAAGUACCCAGACCAGUUUUGUUUACCAGUGUGACCCAUACACGCUAACGUACUAUGGAUAUCCCUACAAUGCGCUGAUAGGACCAAACAGGGACUACUUUGUUAAAGCAGGUACCAUAAGAGGCCGAGGCCGUGCGAUACCUGGGAGUAGGGCCCCGGGGUCACGGGGCUCCUACCUAGGGGGUUAUUCAGCGGGGCGUGGCAUCUACAGCAGGUACCAUGAAGGGAAGGCCAAGCAGCAGGAGAAGCCUUAUGAGCUGGUGCCCAGCCUGGAUCUGGCUGCAGUGAACCCAGUGGGCCUCAAGCCUGGCACAAUGGCCCUUCCCGCCCUCGGCGCCCAGUACCCUGUGUUCUCCGCUGGCCAUGCGGCCAAGAUGAUGGAUGACAGUAAGGUGCAUGCAGUGGAACACCUCAUCACCCCCUUGGCCAUCCAACACGACCCAUCGGGACCCCACGCUGCUACCACCGUAAUUCCUGCCGUCUCCACCCCGCCACCCUUUCAGGGUCGCCCCAUCACCCCCGUGUACGCCAUGGCCCAUACUGUUCAGCGCAUUCCUGCUACCGCCGGCCUCUAUGGAGCCACCUACGGAGCGGGCUACGUACCCAUCACUGCACCUGCUUCCGCUGCCACCCUUGCUGCCCUACAGAAGAACGUGGCGGUGGCUGCCGCCACCUACGGAGGCUACGGAGCGUAUGUGCCCCAGGCCUUCCCGGCCGCCACCUUCCAGGUGCCUCUCCAGGAUGUCUACCAGACCUACUGAAGGAUCCCCUCCCUCACAGUCCAAACAGGAAAUACACUGAAGGAACAUUUAAGUAUUUAUAAAGAGCCACUUAAUUUUUCCACUGUUUUCUCACUUGCUGGCUGGGCAACUGGACACGAGACUGCUCUUCAAGAGAAUUCCAUACGUGUGAUAACUUCAUAAAACUAAGAAGAAAUGGAGAAGAAAAGAAGAAGCAAGACAAAAAGAGUAUAUUUUAAAAAAGUAUAUUUUAAGGAAUAUUUUUAGGGGUUAAUAUCUACUGAGAGAAUUUUUACUGACACUGUUUCUUUAUUUUAUACCCUGUAGAGACUCAUUACAACCGUCCACAUGCUGUACUUCUACAGCUUUCAAAGAGGCUGUUUUUCAUUUGUUUUUAUUUCAACUUUUUUGUUUUGUUAUUAAUUUUAUUCAUAUCUAGUUGUGUCCUCGUAAAAUGUUGCGUUCCCAAGGUUUUCCAAUAAGUUAUGCACUAUGCGUAGUUUGGCCCUGCUUUCAUUUGUCCACAUUUACAUUUAUUAUUCAUUUAGCAGAUGCUAUUCUCGAAAGUGGCAUAAAAUGAUUAUUAACUAGUAUUUAGCUAACUUCUUUAUCCACGGUGACUUUGAUCACUGCACCAGACUCCCUAGGAUCAUUGACCCGCUUAUACUGCAAAGCAGUGCAACACACACACUACAGUAGUUAGAGUCGCAGAUUUACCUAAAACAUGUGUCUUUGGCCUAUGGGAGGAAAGUGGAGCAAAAAAACAAACGUCAUGGUAAGAACAUGCAAAUUCUGCUCAAGGUGUGCCAGAUUCAAACCCAAAGCCCAGAUUAAAGUGAAUAAAAAAUGCUAGAAACACAUAAAAUGUGUUGCAAUGUGCAGCUCUAUUGGUGUCAUAUAGUCUAUUAUUAUUUAACUAUUUAAAACUGAACCAUUUGUGGGCUUACCAGCUGAGCCGCCAUGCAAACAUAAUUGGGGUAAGAAAAAAAAAAACUGAGCCAAGGUCAGAAGAAGCAGUUUUAUUUUAAAACUUAUCGCGGACAUGAUCAUGACACUGAUGUCACAUUACUCCUUAAUUUGUACUGUCAGCAAUGAUUGUGCACUCAGUGCUGCUCAAAGAAAACCUCAUUGCAGAGGAUGCUGUAUUUUUAUGACAUGAAUGCUUGUCAUGUUUAUUCCUUUGGUGUUGGAUAUGUCAGCAAUGUUCAUUUCACAUUUCCUAGUGUUUUGCUCUCCGCGCGUUUAUAAGCUCUUGCCAUGUCUUCUUUGAACUCAUUGUGCUUUUCUUCGGUGUUAAGAGAGGGGUGCAUGCAGUGACGAAAAAACAGACAGUUAUGCAAAAGAAGAGUUUGAGAUGCUUAUCACUGCUUACCGUGUGAGCGCGGCUGGCGCGCCGGCGCACCACGGUAUUUCACUGUGUUACAUGGGGCGUCACAUUGGCACAGUGCACACAGUUCCUCUAUGGCCUGUUUAAAGGCUCAUUAAUGAGAAGCUCCUGCAUAACCCUCUUUAUCGCAGAAGUUAGGGUGUAUUUAAUAUAUGCAGUGCUCGGGUUUUAUACGAAAACUUAAAAAAACGGAGUUAAGAAAAGGUAUAAUAUAUUUAAUAGGAAAAUGUGUCCUUUACUUGUGUCUUUUUUAAAGUUUAACCUUGAUGAGAGUUUGUUUUGCCAAAGCCUUCAGUACUAAGAUACUUAGUUUCUGCAAAAUACAAAGAAAUGGAAUCUCAUUAUUUAAGUCGGACAUGAAAUGAUACUGACGUCAUGCGUGAAACAGAUACCGGGUGGUUAAGGACACAGGCGGGGAGCCCGAAGGAGAUUGGUUUGCCUAGCUGAAAGGGGCUCUGCUAUUUUACCCUCAAGCAGGGUAAUUUACUGAAUUUCUCCAGUUAAAUGUUCAGCUGUAUUAAUGGGUAAAAUCUAAGAUUGCUUUGGAUUCAAGAGUCUACUAAGCAACAAAAUAAAAUUAUUACAAUUCUGUUGCAAGCAUUCAAAAGCCACCUGGCCUCCAUUGGCCUCCACUGGCCUCCGUUGGCCUCCGUUGGCCUUCCCAGUAAUUCCGCAUCAGAAGUAUAAUUUUAACUUGAAAUGUAAUGCACCAAGCUACUUAAACGAACAAGAUGUGCAUAUUUCAUGAAAUAUUAUUUUGCAAUUUAUGUUUAGUGUGCCUUUUUUUUGCCAAACUUAGUAGGCCUUUCACCCAGUUUUAUUCUCGAGAUGUGUUAGUAAGCUCAUGUAAAAGGUCUGUGUUUAUAGCUUUAAGUAGUUAAUAAAGCAAUUUGGAAAAAAA